UUCGAUUUCGGUUUUGGUUUCCGCCGCUGUUUGCCGGCAAACAGAGCGCCGAUCAUUGUUUGAAUGGAAGCUGGCAAACAUUGGAGCGUAUAAAUAUGCGGACAAAUUGCGACGAUUAAUCAUUCGACCCAUAGAUUCCAUCGUCAAAGCAAUUAGCUUGGAGAUCUAUAGCAAGAUGAAACUUUUCUUAGCAUGCAUCUUUAUUGCCGCCGCGACGGCUGCAGUGAUUCCUGUCGAACAAGCCAGGCACCGUCGUGACGUCUCUGAGAUCGUGAACGAGUACAUCCCGCCGGCGGAGGAAGUUGGAGCCGAGCUGGCCCAAGACCCCGCCGCCCUGGGAGAUGAUGGAUACCGCUACAAGACCGUGCGCCGAUUGAAGCUCCGGCAACGACGUGAUGUUUCCGAAAUCGCCAACGAAUACCUGCCACCCACUGAGGAGGUUGUUGCUGAUGCCCCAGUUGAGGAGGUUCCAGUUGAGGAAGCUAGCCAGGACUCCGCCGUCCUUGCCGCCGAUGGAUACCAGUACAAGACUGUCCGUCGCCUGAAGUACCGUCAGCGUCGUGAUGUUUCUGAGAUCGCCAACGAAUACCUGCCACCCACUGAGGAGGUUGUUGCUGAUGCCCCAGUUGAGGAGGUUCCAGUUGAGGAAGCCAGCCAGGACUCCGCCGUCCUUGCCGCCGAUGGAUACCAGUACAAGACUGUCCGUCGCCUGAAGUACCGUCAGCGUCGUGAUGUUUCUGAGAUCGCCAACGAAUACUUGCCACCCACUGAGGAUGCCGCCACCGAAGCCCCCAUUGAGGAAGCUCCUGUUGAGGAACCCAGCCAGGACUCCGCUGUCCUUGCCGCCGAUGGAUACCAGUACAAGACUGUCCGUCGCCUGAAGUACCGCCAGCGUCGUGAUGUUUCUGAGAUCGCCAACGAAUACUUGCCACCCACUGAGGAUGCCGCCACCGAAGCCCCCAUUGAGGAAGCUCCUGUUGAGGAAGCCAGCCAGGACUCCGCCGUCCUUGCCGCCGAUGGAUACCAGUACAAGACUGUCCGUCGCCUGAAGUACCGCCAGCGUCGUGAUGUUUCUGAGAUCGACAACGAAUACCUGCCACCCACUGAGGAGGUUGUUCCUGAUGCUCCAGUUGAGGAGGUUCCAGUUGAGGAAGCCAGCCAGGACUCCGCCGUCCUUGCCGCCGAUGGAUACCAGUACAAGACUGUCCGUCGCCUGAAGUACCGUCAGCGUCGUGAUGUUUCUGAGAUCGCCAACGAAUACUUGCCACCCACUGAGGAUGCCGCCACCGAAGCCCCCAUUGAGGAAGCUCCUGUUGAGGAACCCAGCCAGGACUCCGCUGUCCUUGCCGCCGAUGGAUACCAGUACAAGACUGUCCGUCGCCUGAAGUACCGCCAGCGUCGUGAUGUUUCUGAGAUCGCCAACGAAUACUUGCCACCCACUGAGGAUGCCGCCACCGAAGCCCCCAUUGAAGAAGCUCCUGUUGAGGAAGCCAGCCAGGACUCCGCCGUCCUUGCCUCCGAUGGAUACCAGUACAAGACUGUCCGUCGCCUGAAGUACCGCCAGCGUCGUGAUGUUUCUGAGAUCGCCAACGAAUACCUGCCACCCACUGAGGAGGUUGUUGCUGAUGCCCCAGUUGAGGAGGUUCCAGUUGAGGAAGCUAGCCAGGACUCCGCUGUCCUUGCCGCCGAUGGAUACCAGUACAAGACUGUCCGUCGCCUGAAGUACCGCCAGCGUCGUGAUGUUUCUGAGAUCGCCAACGAAUACUUGCCACCCACUGAGGAUGCCGCCACCGAAGCCCCCAUUGAAGAAGCUCCUGUUGAGGAAGCCAGCCAGGACUCCGCCGUCCUUGCCUCCGAUGGAUACCAGUACAAGACUGUCCGUCGCCUGAAGUACCGCCAGCGUCGUGAUGUUUCUGAGAUCGCCAACGAAUACCUGCCACCCACUGAGGAGGUUGUUGCUGAUGCCCCAGUUGAGGAGGUUCCAGUUGAGGAAGCUAGCCAGGACUCCGCUGUCCUUGCCGGCGAUGGAUACCAGUACAAGACUGUCCGUCGCCUGAAGUACCGUCAGCGUCGUGAUGUUUCUGAGAUCGCCAACGAAUACUUGCCACCCACUGAGGAGGUUGUUGCUGAUGCCCCAGUUGAGGAAGCUCCUGUUGAGGAUGCCAGCCAGGACUCCGCUGUCCUUGCCGCCGAUGGAUACCAGUACAAAACUGUGCGUCGCCUGAAGUACCGCCAGCGUCGUGAUGUUUCUGAGAUCGCCAACGAGUACCUGCCACCCACUGAGGAGGUUGUUGCUGAUGCCCCAGUUGAGGAGGUCCCUAUUGAGGAAGCCAGCCAGGACUCCGCUGUCCUUGCCGCCGAUGGAUACCAGUACAAAACUGUGCGUCGCCUGAAGUACCGCCAGCGUCGUGAUGUUUCUGAGAUCGCCAACGAGUACCUGCCACCCACUGAGGAGGUUUUUGCUGAAGCCCCAGUUGAGGAGGUUCCUAUUGAGGAAGCCAGCCAGGACUCCGCUGUCCUUGCCGCCGAUGGAUACCAGUACAAAACUGUGCGUCGCCUGAAGUACCGCCAGCGUCGUGAUGUUUCUGAGAUCGCCAACGAGUACCUGCCACCCACUGAGGAGGUUGUUGCUGAUGCCCCAGUUGAGGAGGUUCCUGUUGAGGAAGCCAGCCAGGACUCCGCUGUCCUUGCCGCCGAUGGUUACCAGUACAAGACCGUGCGUCGCCUCAAGUAUCGCCAGCGUCGGGAUGUUUCCGAGAUCGCCAACGAAUACUUGCCCCCUUCCGAGGAAGUUGUCACCGAGGCUCCUUUGGAGGAGGCUCCAGUUGAGGAAGCUUCUCAGGAUUCUGCUGUUUUGGCUGCCGAUGGUUACCAGUACAAGACCGUGCGACGCCUGAAGUACCGCCAACGCCGCGAUGUAUCCGAGAUUGCCAGCGACUACCUGCCCCCCGCUGAGGAGACGGUGGUGGCUGAUGCGCCCGUCGAGGAAGUGUCCCAGGAUUCCGCCAUCCUUGGCGACGAGGGCUACCGGUACAAGACCGUGCGCCGCCUGAAGCUGCGUCACCGCCGUGCCCUGUAAGUCCGGAUGACUGCUAAUACACCUGUACCUGAACUGCUCGUUCGCGACUUGAUUCUCUCACACCCACCAACCACUACUAGGCCGUAAGUUUUGCUAUUAUUUAACGAUUGAAAUCAACGAAUAAAUCCAACGAAAAUUGUUAUACCAUAA